AUACACGCCGCAUGAUACCUCUACUCUUGUUUGUUGUUCCACGAUGUUGACCUUUGUUACAGUCGUCUUCCCUGCAAUAUAUGUUUGUAAUCUUCAUCUGGGUCGGUAUUUUCGCUAUGCUCUUGAGCUUGAUUUGCCGGGCGUGGCUAUGGCAGAGAUGACUAGACGUGCCCUUUGUCCCAUUAUCCACAGCACGCUGCAUUAUACGGCCUUCGAAGCCAUCGAGCUGUGACACGUCGCCG